UACUUCACGGUGAGCGAGGAGAGCGGGAACCUGUACGUGAGCGAGAGGCUGGACCGGGAGGAGAUGUGCGGCGAGUCGGUGUCCUGCUCCGUCAGCUUCGAGGCGCUGCUGCAGAACCCGCUCAACGUUUUCCACGUCGAGGUGGCCAUCCAGGACGUCAACGACAAUUCACCGACCUUCAGCAAGGCUGCUCUCGACCUCGAGAUCGGUGAAUGGACUACGCCCGGUGCUCGUUUUCCUCUGGAGAUGGCUCGAGACGCAGACGUGGGCAGCAACUCGCUGCUGACUUACCAGCUCAGCAGCAACCCGUCCUUCACUCUGGCUGUGAAGGAAAGCCCCGAUGGAAGCAAGCAGCCGGAAUUAGUGCUGGAGCGAGCUCUGGACCGGGAGAAGCAGAGCUCCUUCCAGCUGGUGCUGACGGCGAUGGAUGGCGGGGAACCGGUGAGGUCCGGGACUGUGCAGGUUCGCGUCAACGUGACGGACGCCAACGACAACGCGCCCGUGUUCAGUAAAAGCGUCUACGAGGCGCGAGUGCGGGAGAAUCUGCCGGCGUUGCUGCGGGUGCGAGCCACGGACGCGGACGCGGGCACCAACGGGCAGGUCUCGUACUCGUUCGGCAACGUCCCGGACGGCGUCCGCGCGUUGUUCAGCGUCGGCAGCGACAGCGGCGAGGUGAGGACGGUGGGGCCCCUCGAUUUCGAGGAGAAGAGCAAAUACAGCUUCGGCCUGGAGGCGAGGGACGGCGGCGGGCUCACGGCUCACUGCGAGGUGCAGAUAGACAUCACCGACGAGAACGACAACGCGCCCGAAAUCACGAUGUUGUCGGUGUCGAGCCCGGUGGCCGAGGACGCGCCAGCCGGCACCGUGGUGGCCCUGGUGAAAGUCCGGGACCGGGACUCCGGGGAGAACGGGCAGGUGUCGUGCGAGCUGUUGGGUGAGGCGCCGCUGUCGAUCGUGUCGUCGCCGGGCGGCUCGUACAAGGUGGUGACGGCGAGCGCGCUGGACCGGGA